AUGCCUCCCAAUCGCGAUUUCGCCACUCGCACCGCCCGUCGCGCGCCGCGCGCGUCCCGAACCACGCAUCUUCUGGCGUUCGCGUUUGCGCUCGCCUCGUCGCGGCGCGGCGCCGCGCGCGCGGAAGACGGACUCGGUUGGCGCGAAGGCGGGACGGCCACGUGGUACGGCGGACCGAAUGGUCCAGGCCCCGACGGCAUGUCGAUUUAUACCGGGAGCUGUAAAUACGGCUCGAACAUUCCGAGUCACUACGUGGCCGCGUUGAAUACCGACGGUACGUUGAACACCGACGCUGCUGCGUGGAAUUUCAACUCUGAAAACAUAAACUGCGCAGGUGGAUACGAUCACGGGCUCACGGACGAGUGCGGCGCGUGUUAUGAAGUGAUGUGCGUCGCGGGUCGGCAGCGAGGACUGGCCGACAGCGCGCUCGGCCCGUGGGCGGGCUGCGCGAACGGCGACGGCGAGAAAUCGAUCACAGUGCUAAUCACAGACAGUUGCCCGUGUGGCCAUCCAAAUCCGAGGUGA